AGAAGAAACCAUGUUCGCCUUUGCUGCAGUUUGGGGAGUGUCUCUAGUUCUGUUGUUCGUGCUGAUGAGAAGAUUGCAAGGCCAGAAACCAAAGUUCCAAAAACAUUACAACCAUGACAACGGACGCCCGCUUGGUACUAUGGAAGAAAUGUUAAGAUAUGCCCAUGACACGACUGGAAGUCUUAUUCUUGCUAACACUUUGGUUCUGCGUUCCAAGAAGGCAAUUACAGGAGUGAUGGUGAGAAAAGCAAUGGAACAACUCAUGAGAAGACAUCCUAUUUUGCGCAUGUGCUAUCAAAAGAACCAAAGCGAAGAAUAUCACCUGCAGAAGAUGACAACUCUGAAGGUGGAUCUACGAGAGCGUGAUACCACCGACUGGAAAAGUGUCAUGGAAGAGAGCUUGCUGGAGAAAUUUGAUGGUAAAAAUGGCCCACUUUGGAGAGUCCUUUUUCUACCAAAGGCAAGAUACCAGUCAAACGCAGAUGAAGAAAUUCCAGAAAUAACCUCACAUCCGCAUGAGUGCAUUUGCAUAAUUAACUUUCAUCACAUCGUGGUAGAUGGGCCAUCCUAUUCGAGAAUGUUUGCAGAGUUUAAGACCUAUUUGGGCAACGCACUCAACAAUGAAGAACCUCAAGUGUCCUCUAUGCCGAUGUUGCCACCAAUAGAUUUGUACCUUGAUGAAGCGGCCCCGUCUAGGUGGUACCAUCCUCUUAUGCCUCUGGUAUUCAGACUUCUGUGCAUGAUACCCGGAUUCACAGCACGGAUGAUGGGAGAAUUCGCUGCGAAAGGUAAUGCCUUUACCAGAAAAUAUGGCGUCGAAAUCCAACGAUCUCCACACAUUCAACCAAAGACCAAGAUUAUUCCCUUGGAGUUUACAAAAUCAGAGACCUCAAAGUUUCUGAAGAAGUGCAAGGAGUAUCAGACAACAGUACAGGGGGCUGUUCAGACAGCAGCCGGUGUUUCCAUGGUCACCAUGUUAGAGGACCAGACGCUAGAAGUCCCCACCCGAGUCACAGUCAAUAUCAGACCCUUCUUGAAGUCUAAAGUACCAAAUGACUAUGCCGGAGCGUACUAUCUUCGCGUGGAAUGUGAAAACCUUUUGGUGUCUACUCCAGAUCCUGGUAUGUUUUGGAGUAUGGCUAAACAAGCCUCAAAUGACAUUCAUACUCAGCUGAAAAACAACGAACCCGUCAAGAAAUGGUCAGUCAUGAAGUUUCUGUUCCCAGUGGUAUUAGGAAUGAUGAAUAAUGAACUUAAAGAAGAAGAUGAUGGAUGUGGUGGACGCCGCCGACAGCUGCUGGUUUUCACUAAUCUGGGGUACGCAAAGUUUCUCGACGGCUCUCCAGAAGAUGACGUCAUCCUUCGAGCAAGGUUCGGUGGUUGUGCCGAGCACCACCAAGGAACCAUUUUUGAUAACAACAUAGUGACAUUUAAUGGAAAGUUAUUUUGGACAGUGAUACAUUACAGUAACAUUGUAAGUGACGUUGUGGCCCAGAAGUAUGCCAGCCUGGUAAAAGAAACUAUAUUAAAAGCGAUGGAAAUAUAAAGACCUACUCAUGGCAAGCAAACAGAGCGCUCCAUGCAGGUCCGUGAUAUCAAACUUUUCCCUUCAUUUGUUCAACAUCAAACUUUUCAGUUUAAAUACAUUCAACUGCAGGGGCGAGAGCCUGUAGGCCGUACUUUUACAUACUUUUAUCGUUCUUUUACAUUUUAAGAUUCUGCGUGAUCGAUGAAUUUUACUUUGACCAAAAAGAUCGCACGAAGGUCUUGGAGAAUUCUGCAUUCAGCUUUGUUCUGUUGAUCAUAUUCACAUCAGUCUCAGACACGUGAACUCUACUCUUGGUUCAUAGCGCGGCAGUAUGUUGAAAUUCAGGCUUGUAUUUCUCAAUGCUUCCUCCACUGUGUAAUCGUAACAUUCUUUUAAGAUUCUGAGGCUUUGUCGGAAAAGCAAAAAAUGUUAUGAUAAAACCAUUUUUUUUAGGCUAGAGGGUAUAUGCAGAAGUAUUAUCAUGGUUACGUGGGAUGCAACAAUAAUGUUACAUUUUUAGUUUUCGACCCUUUUUCUUACUAUUGUGCUUUUUGUUAACAAAUCUUUCUUGUUAUUUUGAGAAAUGUUAUUUAGGGCCUCCUCCAAUAACGGUUAUAUUAGUUACUGGUCUGUAUGAAUUUCUGCGUCAGAAAAAAAGAGGAAUUUACAAAUAGAAGGCUCCAUUUUGGGUGCGUGCUUUUGCUAUUAAGGAGUUAGUUUUAUUCAUCACUGAUUAAAAUUACUUUGUCGAACUUUUUCCCUUUGUAUUCACUUUUAGGCACACCCAGCCUGUAUCUGUUGAGUUUUUAGUAAGCAAUCUUUAGUCUUCGUGUUGCCAAAGCCCUUUUUUGCGCCAUUUACCACUACAAAAGUAUAUAAUAAUAUGCCAAUUUAAUUCAAAGGGAUGGCUUUUAUUUUUAACCGGACGUUUCCGUCAGUAAACUGCGUAAAAGUCAAU